UCAAUGGCAGUGAUUGGUGGCAGCCCUGUAGUGCUACUGGACGAGCCAACAGCUGGCAUGGAUCCUGGCGCUCGACGAGAUGUGGAGACAUUGUUAGAGAGCAUAAAAGUUGACCGAACAGUCUUACUCACCACACAUUACAUGGAUGAAGCGGAACUGCUUGGAGAUAGGGUGGCUAUCAUGGCCAAAGGACGGGUAUAUUGCUGUGGAACGCCUCAGUUCCUCAAGAAGAGGUGUGAACUUUUGGUUUAUAGAGAAAAAUGUAAUCCAGUAGAUUAUUAA